UCACAACACAACCAACACACUCACCAUCUUUACUCUCAACCUAUCCUAAAACCUUUACUAUACCAAUAACAACUCACUUCUCGCCUCAUACUUCAAUUAUUCACAUAAUUCUUCUUCAAGGGAAAAUGAGCUGGUCUGGAGGAGAUUGGAUGUGUGGUGUUUGCCAGCACAUAAAUUUCAAGAAGAGGGAAGCAUGCCAGAGUUGUGGAUACCCCAAGUAUGGAGGACCUGACCCUUCAACCUACAGAUACAACAGGACUGAAGCUUUGGCAGGGGACUGGUUCUGCAACUGUGGAGGUCACAACUAUGCCAGUCGAUCAAACUGCUACAGAUGUGGUGCAAUGAAAGAUGAUUAUCCUUCAGGAUAUGCCAACAACUCUGGAGGGUAUGGAUCUGACACUUUCCCCCCAGGAUGGAAGAGUGGAGACUGGCUUUGCCCAAGACAUGGAUGUGGAGUGCACAACUAUGCCAGCAGGACAGAAUGCUAUAAAUGCAAAAUGCCAAGGGAUUUUGGUGAGAACAGUGGUGCAGAUUGAAAGAAGAAACUUCACACAAGACCUGCAAUAUAAUUGAUUUUUCCCUUGGCGUCUUUCUUAUCCUAACAAUACUCUAUCUUGUUUUCCCUAUGUCAAGUCAAGUUCUAGAUAAAUCAUGGAUGAAGACCUCUGUUAGAAUCAUAGCAAUGUUUUUUCAUUAGGAAGGAAUAUGGUAUCCGGCUGUCAUUGUUUCUUGCUAGAUAUGUACUGACAAGAAGGUUAUGAAAUCCAUACACUUUAUUUUCCAUACUCGUUACUGACAUAAUUAAGCUUUAGGACCUAAUAUUAACCCUUCCUCGCCAAACUUUCCCUUGUUAUCUUCACCAAUUCAAAUGCAAGUGUUCAUGGAUACUUUUGUCAGUAUUUUUCACAAACAGUGUGUGUGUGAAAGAGAGUGGAAAGGCGAGAGUGAGACAUUGUGUGCUUGUGGGGAACAUCUGCUUUGUUCAGUUGCCACUGUUGGGGCGGUCCAAAGAAUGCUUUUCAUAAUUCAUACAUCAGACUGAGAAAUCAGACCCAAGUCAUGAAUCACUAUGAGCACCAGACUCUACAACACUAAGGGAAAUCAAUGAGUUUACCACCUAAAUGAAGAGCUCAAGAUAUAGCUCUCAGAGCUUCCAAACAUGUAUAAGUUCUGAGCAAGGAAAUAAUUAAACAUGCAAGAAUCUAAUGCAGCAUACAAAAGCAUACAUGAUUGAACUAAACUUCAAACAGACCAAACAUAAUUAUUUAUACUAAUUAAUUGUAGCUUAGGCAUGAGUACUGUCUUGAUUGCUAACUGAGCACUAAAACAGGGAAGGAAUUCUAAAUUUCAAAUCAUGAUAGUGGUUGAUUAUGUUUCUGUAGGCUUCACUGACUUAAUAGCAACUUUAGAAAGUGGAGGUUGACUAAAAAGCAUAUAUAUGUUCUUUGUUUGUCACUGUGCCCCGUUAUAAAAUAUUCUGGGCUUUCAUUAAGCUAGCUUUUGGUUUAUAUGCUUUGAAGAUGUUAAGAUAGGACCCCACUUUUAAUGAACUAGUUCCCCCAGCAUAUUGCAAGGAUCCAAAGUGUUGGACAAUCUAUCUGAAUUAAUGCAGUGGCUGCUUUUCCUUUCUGGUAUCCUCAUCUAGGAAAAAGACGCACCAGAUUAAGGAAGUAAUACUAUUUGUGGCACAGGAUUUAUAAACAAUUACUUUCUCAAGGUUCCUUAUCUUGUUGGAGCACAUUAGAUGAUGCAAAAUAAUGAAAGGAUUAAAGGAUUUUCUUAACUAAAGAAAAAGACCUAAAGAAUCACUUUCAAGAGGCAUCUAAAAUCUACAAUGUUACAUUUCUUAACUAUGUUUUGUACUUUGCCAAAAAAAUUAACUUUAUUAGAAAGUUUAAGUAUGAACUGAAACUGAUAUCAUAUGUAUAAACCACUCAUAACUCAAAAAAGUGGUUCAACCCAUGACAUUUUCCAAACAUACUAAUAGGCUUAAAUUUCUUAGAACAAUUGGGUAAUGCAUAUUCGUUUGUUUCGGUGCAUUUAAGCUGUCAUGAGUGACUUCACCCCAGGUGUCUACGAACUGAUAAAGGCUCUCUUUUAUUUUUCUAAUUUACAAUUAUUAUCUUUUUUCCUCCAGUACCUUCAUAGACUUUUAUUUUCUACUUUGGUCCAUCAUGAUUUUUCAUCCAUCCUCAAUCUCUCCCAAAUUAAUAUUAA